CGUAAAACACCACCGUGCGGCAGUGUUGCAAUGGCCUUUGCUGCGACAGCACUUUGCGGCAGCAGGGAGAGCUCGAGGAGAAAGCAAGCGAAGAACGUCGCCGCUUCGCGAGUCCUUUUCGCCUCAAUAAUCAGCGGAUUUACGCUGCAUUCGGCGGAGUCACACCCGCGGCGCUGUCGUAUUCCCGCUGGGCGUCGUGAAUGAGCUUGUGUCCGACGUUUCCCAACCGCGAAUCGCCACCUUGAUGCGGUGGGAUGGCCACAGUGCCGCCUGGGCCUAGUAGCGCACCGGCCGAAUCCCCGACUGAAAGUCCGCCUUUCCCCGGGGCUGGGGGCGAGGACAGAGGGCCGCGUCGACCCGGUGAGUACCCCGGGUUGGGGAAGCCGCUCGCCGAAGUCAAGCAGUCGGUCAGGAAGAAGCAGAAAAACAUGCUAGCGAGAGCUAGCCCGCCGGCGUUGCACCUCAAAAUGCCAGACGUGGAGCAGCAGCAGCAGCUCAACGGCUUGGCCGGUAGUCCCGUGGAGGAGCUAGGGGGACACCUUGACAAUCCGAGACCGCCAGCGGACGACUGUGACAGCGGCGACGACGACGACGAGACCACGGCCGCACCGAACGACAUGGAACACUGCCAACGCGAAGGCCCCCGCUCCAAAAACGGCCGACACUCGCCUCUGGUUAACAAUAGCAUGAACGGGAUGCCGGCCCGAACAAGAACUCAGGCAGCGCCGCUCGCUUCCGAGAGUUCCGGGAGCAUGGAGCUGCUGCAGCAGCCGCAGCCCCAGCCGCCCUCGGACGAGCUGGCCCGGCUGGAAUUGGGCGCCUCGCCGCAGGAGGACAGCCACGACAUUUGUUAUGUACGCUACGAGUCCGAGCUGCAGAUGCCAUCCAUCAUGAGACUCAUCACCAAGGACUUGUCUGAGCCUUACUCCAUUUACACGUACAGGUACUUCAUCCACAACUGGCCGCAGCUCUGCUUCCUGGCCAUGGUGGAGCAGGAGUGCGUCGGCGCCAUCGUGUGUAAGCUGGACAUGCACAAGAAGAUGUUCCAUCGUGGCUAUAUCGCUAUGCUGGCCGUCGACUCAAAACACAGAAGGAAAAGCAUCGGUACUAAUCUGGUGAAGAAGGCCAUCUACGCCAUGGUGGAGGGUGACUGCGACGAGGUGGUCUUGGAGACAGAGAUCACCAACAAGUCGGCGUUGAAGCUGUAUGAGAAUUUAGGCUUUGUGCGGGACAAGCGGCUCUUCAGGUACUACCUGAACGGUGUGGACGCUCUGAGGCUCAAACUGUGGCUACGCUGAGGGGGUCUUAGCUGGAGAACGGAACUGGGGAGGGACGGAGAGGGGGGGAGCAAGCUGUCGAGCCUGCCUGCCUCAUUUCACAUUUGACAUACAGACACACACGCAUACAACCAACAAUAUGCACGUAUGCGUGCAUCCACACACACACA